AUGGCGGAACACUUAGCAUCAAUUUUCGGCACAGAGAAAGACCGAGUGAAUUGUCCAUUCUACUUCAAGAUCGGAGCAUGCCGACACGGCGAUCGAUGCUCGAGGCUCCACACGAAGCCAAGCAUCAGCCCUACAAUCCUGCUCUCCAACAUGUACCAGCGUCCUGAUAUGAUUACCCCCGGCGUCGAUGUUCACGGCCAGCCUAUCGAUCCGCGUAGGAUUCAAGAUCACUUUGAGGAAUUCUAUGAGGAUUUGUUUGAGGAACUGUCGAAGUAUGGGGAUAUUGAAAGUCUUAAUGUUUGUGAUAAUCUCGCUGAUCACAUGGUUGGUAAUGUGUAUGUUCAGUUCAGAGAGGAAGAACAUGCUGGAAAAGCUGUUAAGAAUCUCACUGGAAGAUUUUAUGCCGGUCGCCCAAUCAUUGUUGAUUUCUCUCCGGUGACAGACUUUCGUGAGGCUACUUGCAGGCAGUACGAGGAGAAUACUUGCAACCGUGGUGGUUAUUGCAACUUCAUGCACUUGAAAAGAAUUAGCAGGGAAUUGAGGCGCCAGUUGUUUGGGAAGCGCCAUGAAAGGCACAGUAGGAGCCGGAGCAGGAGUCCUUACAGGCAUCGAAGUUAUGAGGAGAGGUCUCAUCGCAGCCGUAGCAGUAAGUAUGAUGACAGGGACAGAGACAGAGACUAUCAUCAUGAAAGUGAUAGCAGGAGGCGCAGGACCUCAAGUCCUGGCCGGAGAAGGGGAAGGAGUCCCAGUGGCAGUCAAAGUCCUGUUGGAAGGAGGAAUCGUAGUCCAGUCAGGGAUGGUAGUGAGGAGAGACGUGCGAGAAUUGAGCAGUGGAAUAGGGAGAGGGAAGAGAAAGAACCUAAUGGCAAUAACAGGCACUCGCAAAAUGCUAGCCGAUAUCACGAGAAUCAUCAGCAACAGCAAUCUCCUCAGGAGGGAUAUUAA